UUUUUUCCCGGCCGUCGUUGAUCCUGCAAAAUCGCCAUUCUCACGCCUUCAACCUUUUCCAUUGUCCACUUCACACCGACCGCACCUUGACGAUUUCAAAAAACGUGCAAUUUCGCUGUUGCGCAAUCUUCUCUCUUCGCACCCGCCACAUUCGUUCCCACCGUCAUGAACAGGGAUGACCAUCUGGCGCCAGUUGUGAUUAAGCUUCCUCAGCUUCAUAGCUGUUCGUGACCUCGCCUACCUAGUUCGAAUAUUCGUCGCGCCGCCUUGUUUCCACGUCCUUUGUCAUUCACGACUUUCUCAUAUCAUCGGCGAACGCGCCUCAUUAUUCUAUCGCUAGAGAUUCUCGCUCCGCCGCGCGUCUAGCCUUACUAAACGAACCGGCUACAGGCUGCUGGUCCACAGAAACCCUCGCUUGGUGACACUUCAACGCGUCGCCAUCAACGCACUACCUCGUCAAGCGACACGAUGGCAGCUGAAAGUGUAGAUACUGCUGAUCCCCAGAUAAGUGGUGAUGCUUCAUGGGACGAUGCUGGAUGGUCAGGCAACCCGGAGCCCAAUGAUCUAGGGAUGGAAGCUGGCGAAGAAGAAGAAGAAGAAGAGGAGGGCCCUGAUGCAGAUCAAGCCGGCCCAACUUCUGACGGCUCUGACGAUGCUGCCGACAUGGAUGAAGAGUACGACCCCGAAUCCGUCGAGAUUACAACUGCGUACAACCCCGAAUCUGUUCCAACACCCGCCCCUCCUGUUGACGAAGAGCAUCGCGCUUCCGCUGCGCCAAUUCGUCAAAAGCCGAAGACUGCUGGAGGUUUCAUAGUUGGAUCAUCCGAUGACGAAGAUGAAGACCCUACUCCUCCCCCAAACCCUCCCAAGACUGCCCAGACUACCGGACAGUCCCAUGCCUAUGCCAACUCCCCAUUACAGCAAACAACAACCACUCACGAGAUAACGCCACAAACCGCUCAGACCUGUGUCGCUACUGUUUCUGCGACGGACCGCCCUGUAGGCAAUAACAACGCGAAAUCGAGACUUCCAACAGACGUGGUUGGCAUGCUCGAAGAUCGCAUUAAAGAAGACCCAAAGGGCGAUAUCGAAGCGUGGCUUGCUCUUAUCGAAGAACAAAAACGACGGCACAGGAUUGAGGAAACCAGACAUACUUAUGAGCGCUUCCUUGAGAUUUUUCCAAAGGCUGCCGAGGUUUGGGUUGCAUACGUGGAAUUGGAGAUGAGUCUGGACAAUUUCCAACAGGCAGAAAGUAUCUUCAACCGCACUCUUUUCGCCAUGCCCCACGUGCAACUCUGGACGGCGUACUUGAACUAUAUCCGUCGGAAAAACGACCUGAACGACCCCACUGGUGUGGCUCGUCAAACAGUUAGCCAGGCCUACGAGUUUGUGCUUAAUAAAAUUGGGCAGGAUAGAGACGCAGGAACAAUAUGGCAAGACUACAUCGCCUUCAUCAAGAGCGGUCCUGGUCAGCUAGGUGGCACCGGCUGGCAAGACCAGCAAAAAAUGGAUCUUCUCCGCAAAGCGUAUCAACGUGCCAUUUGCAUACCUAUGGCCAAUUUGAAUAUCUUUUGGAAGGAGUAUGAUCAAUUUGAGCUAGGCUUAAACAAGAUGACUGGUCGCAAAUAUCUCCAAGAGCGCUCCCCCGCAUAUAUGACGGCUCGCAGCGCAAAUACAGCCCUGGAGAACAUUACGCGCGGACUGAAGAGGACAACUAUCCCUCGUUUACCUCCUGUGCCUGGUUUUGAGGGCGAUCAGGAAUUUCUUGAACAGGUCAAGCUUUGGAAGGCUUGGGUUGCUUGGGAAAAGGAUGACCCGCUAGUCCUUCGAUCUGAGGAUCCGGCAUCCUACCAACAACGUAUCCUACAUGUUUAUAAGCACGCUCUUAUGGCCUUGCGGUUUUGGCCCGAGAUGUGGGUUGAUGCAACGGAGUGGUGCUUCGAGAACAAGAUUGUCGAUGACAAUAAUAAUGACAUGGGACUUUCAUUUCUUGUUGAUGGUGCUACUGCGAAUCCCGAAAGUGCUCUGAUAGCACUCAAACAUGCUGACCACAUUGAGCUGACCCAACGUGCUGGCGAAGAUGAGCACGCUAAGGCUGCUUUAGCCCAGGCUGUGAGGGCUCCAUAUGACAAAGUUCUCGACACAUUAUACGAAAUGAUAAAGAAGCUAAAAGAAAAAGAAUCCUCAGCUGUAGCUAAGAUUAAUGAGGAUACUGCAACAGAAAAGGCCACAAAUGAAACCGCUGGAAAUGACGAGGACGAUGAUGAAGGCGAAAUCAAGGAAAACUCCACGUCGACCAUAUCCAAACAGGACCGGAUCAAAGCAGUACAAGAUGGGUUUGCGGUUCAAAUCCAAAUGCUAUCACAGCAGAUAUCAUACCUUUGGAUUGCCCUCGCACGCGCCUUCAGACGAUUUCAAGGGCAGGGCAAAAGCUCGCCAGCUACUGGUCUGCGAGGAAUUUUCACCGAGGCCCGUGGAAAAGGACGUCUUACUAGUGAAGUUUACAUCGCAAUAGCACACAUCGAGUGGGAUGUCUAUCAAGAUUCCGUUGCAACCAAGAUUUUUGAACGGGGAUCACGGCUUUUCCCAGAGUCGGAGCACUUCUUUGUUGAGUAUCUCAAGCACCUGCAUGCCAGACGUGACUUUACAAACGCUCGAGUUGUUUUCUCUCAAACGGUCAAAAGAUUCAAAGAAAAGCCUGAGUUAACCCCCAAACUGAAACCGCUCUACGCGUAUUUCCACGCUUAUGAAGCCAGGUAUGGUGAACUUGCUCAAGUACAAGAGCUUGAGAAACAGAUGGCCGAGCUGUUUCCCGACGAGUCCAGCAUGUCGCCUUUCGCUGCAAGAUUUGCAACUGAUAGAUUCAAUCCUAUUACUGCUCGUGUCAUCGUUUCACCCACACAACAAAUGCGUCCCAAGGCCGCCAUUCUCCAAUCCGUCGAAGAUGCUUCACCUUCUAUCCGGGCUACUCCGCAGCCUGUAGCGCAGAUCGAACGGAGUCCACGGCCACAGUUUAUGCCAGUCAACCCAGUUAACGUUAACUCGCCGAAGCGGCCUUUCCAAGUUGACGAGGCUGAUGACUAUAAUCCACCCCGGAAGAUCGCGAGAGGAGUUUCUCCACUUAAGGGUGCUGCUGGUCGCCGACUUGAUCAACAACGCCGACAGGGGGGAAUAACUGCCUCGGGGGCCACGAUCCCAAUUCCACGCGAUAUAACCUUCUUGCUUGGACUUAUUCCUCCCGCUGACACGUUCAACGCCCCUCGGUUCAAGCCUGAGCGUGUAGUGCAGCUAGUUCGCGACACCGACGUUCCAACUUUCUCCGAAUGGAGAGCGCAGAACGAGCAGUCAUCGCGUGCUCAUACUCGCCCAGCAUCGUCAGAUUACACACCCUAUCAGUACUCAGGGCGAGAUUCACCUGGUGUCACUGCCCGACCGGCUAGUCCAUAUGGUGGCACUACUCGUUCAGUAGCCCAGGCCUCUGCACCUUACCGAAACUCGCCCCUUCGCCCAGGCUCUAGUGGGUCAUACGAGCCUCCCCCGGCGACAUACCAAGCUCCCGGCCCAAGUCCCUUCAAUCCCAUUGCUCAGCAUCAAGGAGUUCCAGUUAACCCUUAUCCUAGCUGGCCGACUAAUUAUGCUGAGCUAGCAUCUCAAUUUUCGGCGUCUCACGCCGCUCCACCUCAGUCCUACCCGGGAUCUUAUUACUAAUCCACCGCCUACCAAGAUCCAUAAACAAUGAAUCGCAGGACAGCCGUGAAUAUUGUAGGGAGUUAAGAAAUACGUCACGAUGGCACGCUGGAGCGAGCUAAUCUGCCAAUGACUAUGUCAGUGGAAUAUGGCCAACUAAUUCCUCAUUUCCGUAGUGGCUGAUUCUGACUACCCAUCCCGACAUCCGGACAUCUCCUAAGUGGCAGCUCCUUGACUGAUUCGAUCAUGAAAAGGCGUAGUAGUCGAUUGCAUGUAAUUCAAACUGUGCAGUCAACUGAGGUACGAUUCACUUCAUUCAAGCAGUACGGAUCAAAGAGCACUCGCAACAGUGUGUAAAUAGUAGAAAACGGCAACUCGGAUAACAGGGUUGUUUUCGGUAGUUCAACAGCAUAUUGCAGACGGUGGUCUCUUCUGCAUUGGUUUGGCGUUUUGUGGAAAAUAGCAGUUGAAGUAAUGGCCUCGGGCCGGAUUUGCUUCGUGUACCAAUCUUAUGUAGGAGUAUGCCCUUGGAGAGUUUUUGCGAUCUUGCCUUGGCCAGAAAUUUAGGCCGUGGGUAGAUAAAAAUUAAAUCAUCUUCAUGUUUUGCGGGAU